AUGGCUGCGGGGGAUCCCUACGUGCAGGUGAGGCGGCCCGGGGGAGCCUUGUCCGCGGGUGCUGUGGCCUGGGUGUCCCCCUGGGUCACCGCCCCACUGGUGCCCGGCUUGGUGGCACCUGGUGGGGUGUUGGGUGCCUGGCGGUGCCUGGCCAUGGGCUGCCCACCCUAUGUGGGUGCUGCCGAGGCUGCUGCACCGCAGCUGGGCUGCUCGCGGGGCUCCCUGACACGCAGGGACCCGUGGGCCGGCAAGCGCAGCACCUCGCAGGGUGCUGGUCGCAGGGGUCUCUUCCCUCCUCUGUCCCCGCAGGGUGCCCGGGUGUGGAUCCCUGACUGUGUCGAAGUCUGGAGGAUGGCAGAAAUAACCAGAGGCUACAAGGAAGGAGACACCGUUCUCCAUCUCCACCUGGAAGAUGGCUCGGCACUGGCCUACCCCAUCGAGUUCCAGCUGCCGCCUCUCUGCAACCCCGAUUGCCUCUCAGGCACCGAUGACCUGGUGGCCCUGAGCUACCUGCACGAGCCGGCUGUGCUGCACUCGCUCCGCCGGCGCUUCCUGGAGGGAAACGCCAUCUACACCUACUGUGGUAUCAUCCUCGUCGCUAUCAACCCCUACAAGCCGUUGCCUAUCUAUGAGGAGGAGGUAAUUUAUGCCUACAGUGGACGUGAAAUUGGGGAUAUGGAUCCCCACAUCUUUGCUUUGGCGGAGGAAGCAUACAAGCAGAUGGUGAGGUUUGGGAAGAACCAGUCCCUCAUCAUCAGUGGUGAGUCGGGUGCGGGGAAGACUGUGUCGGCCAAGUAUGCCAUGAGAUACUUCACCACUGUCGGGGGCUGCCUAGGCGACUCCAGCAUGGAGGGGAAGGUGCUGGCCUCCAGCCCCGUCAUGGAGGCCUUUGGGAAUGCAAAGACGACCAGGAAUGACAACAGUAGCCGCUUUGGGAAGUACAUCGAGAUCGGCUUCAGCCAAGCACAUGUCACAGGGGCCACCAUCAAGACCUACCUGCUGGAGAAGUCCCGUGUCACCUUCCAGGCGAAAGCGGAGAGGAACUACCACAUCUUCUACCAGCUCUGUGCCUCGGCCACCCUGCCCGAGCUCCAGGGCCUGGGUCUCCGUGGGGCAGAGUCCUUCCACUACACCUGCCAAGGCCAGUGCACCGCUGCCCAGAGCACCGAUGAUGCGGCCAACUUGGACAGCACGCGGCAUGCCUUCUUGCUCCUGGGUGUCCCCGAGGCCGACCAGCUGGAGCUCUUCAGCAUCCUGGCUGCCAUCCUGCACCUGGGCAACAUUGUGGUCAGAGGGAGGGACCGCCGGGGGGACGGCUGCUUCGUGGAGCCUGCUGAUGAGGCCCUAGGGCUGUUCUGCACACUGCUGGGCAUCGAGGCAUCGCAGGUGAUGCGCUGGCUCUGCCACCGCAAGCUGGUCACUGCUGGCGAGACCUACCUGAAGCCCCUCUCCAGGCAGCAGGCGCUCGACUCCCGGGAUGCCCUGGCCAAGCAUAUGUAUGGGCAGGUCUUCAGGUGGAUGGUGAGCAGGGUCAACCGUGCCCUGCGGUCAGUGGAGGGCCACCACACCUCCAUUGGCAUCCUGGAUAUUUAUGGGUUUGAGAUGUUUGAGCUCAACAGCUUUGAGCAGUUCUGCAUCAACUAUGCUAAUGAGAAGCUGCAGCAGCUCUUCAACAUGCAUGUCUUCAAGCUGGAGCAGGAGGAGUAUGUGACCGAGGAGAUCCCUUGGGUCUUCAUUGACUUCUGUGACAACCAGCCAUGCAUUGAGCUCAUCGAGGGCCGGCUUGGCAUCCUGGACCUGCUGAAUGAGGAGUGCAAGAUGCCCCAAGGCAGUGAUGGGAGCUGGGCCCAGAAGCUUUACCAGACCCAUCUCAGCAGCUCCCACUUCCAGAAGCCCAAGAGGCCCACGGAUGCUUUUGUUGUCUGCCACUUUGCUGGCAAGGUGGAAUACCAGUGUGAUGGGUUUGUGGAGAAGAACAGGGACGCUGUCCCCGAGGAGCUGGUGGGGCUGCUGCGAGCCAGCAAGAAGUCUGCCCUGCUCGCUGAGCUCUUCCUGGAGGAAGGGGAUGGCCCCAUGUCCCGCAGGUCCAGCGGGCCCAGGAUGGCUGCCCCAGGAUGUUCCUGCUGGCCCUGACCAUCCUUGCCUUCUCCUCUGCAGUUCAAAGCCUCCCUGAACCGGCUGAUGGAGGUGCUGGGCAGCACCAUACCGCACUACAUCCGCUGCCUCAAACCCAACGAUGGCAAGCAGCCCUUUGUGUUUGACUCCAGGCGAGCAGUGGAGCAGCUACGAGCCUGCGGGGUCCUGGAGACCAUCCGGAUCAGUGCCUCAGGCUACCCCUCCAGGUGGACAUACCAGGAGUUCUUAGAGAGGUACAGGGCUCUGGUGAGCAGGGAGGAGCUGAUGGGCACCACUGAGAAGCAGAUCUGCAGCCUUGCCCUUGAGAGACUGCUCCAAGACCCCAGCAAGUACCAGUGUGGGAAGAGCAAGGUGUUUUUCCGGGCUGGCCAAGUGGCUUACCUGGAGGAGCUGCGGUACCGACGGCUGAGAGCGGCCUGCACCCUGCUGCAGAGGCACCUGCGGGGCUGGCUGGCACGAAGGCGCUUUGGACGGGCACGUGCCGCAGCAGUCUGCCUGCAGCGCCAUGCCCGGGGCAUGUUGGCUCGGAGGUUCACCAGGAUGCUGCGAAGGACAAGGGCUGCUGUGAUGCUGCAGAAGACCCUGAGGAUGGUUCUGGCCCGGCGCUCCUACCUACGCACGCGCCAGGCUGCCAUCACCAUCCAAGCCUUUGCCCGGGGCAUGUUUGCCCGGCGUCUUUACCGACAGAUGGUGCGGCACCAGAAAGCCGUGGUGAUCCAGGCUGCAGUCAGGGGCUGGCUGGCCCGGACCCGAUACGCCCGCCUGCGUGGGGCCAUCAUCUACCUGCAGUGCUGCUACCGCCGGGUGCGGGCGUGCCGGCAGCUGCGGCAGCUGCGUGUUGAGGCACGCUCGGUUGAGCACUACAAGCAGCUGCACAAGGGCAUGGAGAUCAAGGUGAUACAGCUGCAGUGCAGGCUGGAUGAGCAGGCCCAGGAGAAGCAGCGGCUGGUGGAGCAGCUCUCGGGGCUGAACGCUGCCCAUGCUGAGGAGGUGCAGCGCCUGCGGGCCGAGAUGCAGCAGCUGCGGGAGGAUGCAGCCUGUGACGCCCAGGUCCAGCAGCUGCAGGAGCGGCUGGCCGAGCUGGAGAGGCACAGUGUGAAGAGCUGCCUGGGCCAGGAGGUUGAGGAGCUUAGGCAGCGCUUGGUAGAGCUGGAAGCCACAAAGCUGCAGCUGGGGGAGGAGAGGGAUGCCCUGAUCCAGCGCGUGUUGGAGCAGUCACAGGAUCUAAAAGAGCAGCACCAGCGUGCGGCACGGGAGAGCCAGGGGCUGCUGCAGGAGCUGGAGGAGGAGCGGGCGCGAUACCAGAGCCUGGUGCAGGAGUACACCCGCCUGGAGCAGGGCUAUGAGAACCUGCGGGAUGAGGUGGCCUUCCACAGGCAAAGCACCUUGAGACGGUCCCCUUCGACAGAGAGCUUCUUGGGCUCCGAGAGCAGCUACUUGUCCUCCAUGUCCACAGCUCCCUCACGAGAUGGCUCCGACCAGCAGGCUGAGGGGCUGGAGGAGCGCUGGCAGCCGGUGCCAGAGGGGCCACAGCCCAGCGGUGAGGUGCUGCUGAACAGCGGUGUGGGCCAGGAUCCCUUCGAGAAGGCGUACCUUCUCCUCCUGGGGCAGUUCAACACCGUCAGCGAGGAGCUGGCACGGACCCGGGAGGAGCUGCGGAGGUCCAAGGCCUCCACGGAGCUGGAGGAGAGGAAACCAUUGGACUUCCUCAAGCGCAGGAACAUAGCUGAGAUGCUGGGGCUGGGCAGGAGCCCGGAGAAGGUGGCAGUAGAUGAUGACUUGAAGCACGCAUAUGAUGCGGUGCAGGUUGCCAAUAGGCUGCUGGCGAGUCAGCUGCGGGAGGAGAAGCAGCAGCAUGAGGAGGAGGUUGAAGGGCUGCACCUUGACAUCUGCUCACUCAAGCAGCUGAGCCAGCAGCAGGCAGCCCUCAUCCAGGACCUGCAGCGGCACCAGGGGCAGGAGGGGCUGCAGCACCAUGUCCUGCGGCUCAAGGAGGAGAACUGGGAGCUGACCCAGAAGCUGGAGAAGCAGGAGAGAACCACACAGAAGCUCCAGAAGCAGCUGAGAGCCUAUGCGAAGCAGAUCCAGGAGCUCACCCCAGUGAAGAGAGAGGCUACCGGGCCAGCGCAGGAGUUGGCAGCGUCCACUGUGGUCCUGUCCCGGUCCCCCAUGGUCCCAUCCCUGACUGGGCUGUCCCAGGCCAUGCUAGCAUGGAGGAUGGAGGAUGAAGGGCGCAUUAUCAAGGCCAUCAUCACAGACUACAAACCACAGAGCAGCCCUGGGGCGCUCCCAGACCUGCCAGCCUACAUCCUCUUCCUGUGCUUCCGGCACGCGGACCACUGCUGUGACGAGCCACGGGCCCGCUCACUCCUCGAUGCAGCCAUUGAUGCCAUCAAAAGGGUCAUGAAGAAGCACAGCGAUGACUUUGACACGGUGGCACUCUGGCUUGCCAACACCUGCCGGCUCCUGAACUGCCUGCGCCAGUACGGCCGGGAUGAGAGCUACUGGCAGGGGAACACGGCGCGGCAGAACCAGCAUCGCCUGCAGAAUGUGGACCCCCAGAGCUCCUGCCGCAGCCUGGAUGCCCUGGCUGUCCAGCUCUACCAGCAGCUCAUCCGCACCGCCGAGAAGCGCCUCAAGCCCAUGAUUGUUGCUGCAAUGCUGGAGAGUGAGCCCAUACAGGGCUUGUCCUCCUCUUGCCCUCCUGGCCAUCGCCGGUCCUUGGCAGCCCCUGCCCACACCCUGCCUGAGCUGCUGCAGCAGCUGGGCUCCUUCCAUGCAGCGCUGGAUCGCCACAGGCUGGCCCCCAGUGUGGGGCACCAGGCCCUGCGCCAGCUCCUCUUCCUCAUCAGCGGCACCACCCUCAACUACCUGCUGCUGAGGAAGGACACGUGCUCCUGGAGCCGCGGCAUCCAGCUCAGGUACAACAUCAGCCAGCUGGAGCAGUGGCUGCGGGCAGAGGGGCUGCAGCAGAGUGGGGCCCACGAGGUGCUGGAGCCCCUGGUCCAGGCUGCCCAGCUGCUGCAGGUGAAGAAGGUGACAGAGGAGGACGCUGGAGCUCUCUGCAGCCUGUGCACGGUGCUAUCACCCCAGCAGGUUGUGAAGAUCCUCCGGGCUUACACACCAGCUGUCGGGCUGGAGGAGCGCAUCAGCCCCAGCUUCAUCAGCAGUGUUGAGAAGCGGCUGCAGGACCAGUAUGGAGGGGAACCCAGCCACCUCCUGGUGGACACCAGCCACCUCUUCCCUGUGCACCUGCCCUUCACUGCCUCCCCUCUGCACCUGGAUGAGCUCCGCAUCCCUGAUGGCCUCAACCUGGCCUUCCUUGUCUGCCUCUGA